GUUUAUCUUUUUAAGUAAAUCAAAUUGGCUAGUAAAAUAAUGCAAACUUUUCAAAAUUUAAAACUGUUCAACUUCAUUUUCACCGUUAUUUCUAAAUUUUGCACGACAAAUACUUUCUUUUAUGAAGAUAGGCAGAAAUAUGUCUACAACGAACAAAGAGUAAAAGUUUUUGACUUUAUGGAAGAUAUUCUAAUACAAAUCACGGAUACUAACAUUUUUUUUUUUGAAAACUAUUACCCACAAAGAUCCCAUUUAGAAACUCGCAAGUCUCUUGAGGAAAAAGUUGUGGAGAAAAGCAAUGAUAUAAAAUCAAAAGCUGCUAUCAAACCGAAAUCAUAACGGACUAGGUACCCACAAUGAUUAUAUAACGAGAAGACAAGAGAGGUGUUUAUAGAUUGAAUGCUAGAAUAGGGUCGAAAAAAAAGAGGAAGAAUAGUUCGAAUUGCAAAGAGUUUGGCAUUGACGAUGGUGGGAUCGUUACCAAAAACAAAACAAAACAAAAGAAGUGCCAUAUAAACUCUCAUAAAAGCACACUGGUCAUAAAAACUCCUUCACAUUUGAACACG